CUGCGACGUAAAAUCCGGAUCUGGAUAUGAGCUCGAAAUAGGCGCCGAAGAACUGAGAAUAUCAUGAUUAGAAGAGUAGUGGAGAGAUACAGUAAAAGUGGACGACCGCUAGAACUAGAUCAAUAGACAAAAUAAGGAAAGACAACGAGGGUAUGUUAACUUUCUGACUGCCUAGUCGAAAAUACACUUGAUGCAGAAAUUAUGAAAAAAUCGAGGCUCGUUUAAGUUUGCCAAGGCUGUCGAAUCUUGCCAGCAGAUCACAGAUCCCUGUGCUGCAAGCACCACAACUAAAACUACAACAAAAAAGCCAUGCCGCUCGUAACGCUCUACGUGAACCAGGCCGUGCUGGAGAUAUGCGGAAAGCCGCAGUUGGCCGCUUUUCAUGACUUUCUUGCGCAGAAAGAUAUGUUUGCGACAACACCCGGCAUCUUGCAGGUGAACCUCGUUCAGACGGCGAAUAUGCACCCGAACCCAAAUGGUGUAUUCGUCAGUAUUCGUUGCAAAGGGACGAAGGAGAGAACAAAGGAGAAGCUAUCGAGCAUACUGCAACGCGCAGGAGAACACUUGGUAAAGGCAUUGGGAAGGGACUGCAAGUUGCGAUUAGAGUGCUUCGAGCCAGAUUUGCAGUUAGCAGUGAAAGUGGCAGCCAAGCAAGAACAAGCGAAACUCUGAACUUGAUGAUGAUUUUUUGAUGCUAUGAGUUGUACAGAAAACGAAAAGUAGCGAAAUCUGAGCUUUUGAACAAGAUUGUGAUUGAGAUUGUGAUAUUACCGUAAUAGUAUUACUCGUCCUAAAAUCAAGAGUUUUUGAUGAUGCUGACAGAAUCAGGAGCAGUAAGCAUUGACUUCACAGUGACCGACACCGGUGUUUGCAGCAUCCAUUCCACAUUAAAAAGUUAUUGUUUUGCUUUUCUUGCACUCGCUACCAGUUUUAUCCGCC